GGGGAGCUUGUUGGCUGGGGAUUGACUUUCUCCUUCUCGUUCCUCACUUUUUCGUUGAUUUUGGCAUCUUGUCGCGUCGUUCGUUUCGUGAUUGUUUUGUUCACUCUUUGCGAUGAUGCUCAAGCCUUCGGUAAAGGGAGCUUUGCUGGGAUGUUUGCUGCAUCUGCCCAGCCUCUCUAAUGCGCAGUCGAAACGCGCUUGGGAACUGUCAGACGUACCCUCACCAGAGAUCUUUCUCCGUCGAGCAGAAGCAAGAGUCGCGGUUCUUGGCGACUAUGCCUACAUCGAUGGCGGCGAGGUCUCUCAGCUCGACGCGCGAGGUAAUCCGAUAACGGCGCGGGGUUCCAACGCAGUCAACUCCACAUUAUCGAUCGACUUGACAACGUCAUGGUCCGCAACCAGCGUCAAGAUCAGAGAGAUUCCGAAGACGCCGAAGACUAUGGAUCAACAGGCGAUGUGGAAGAACGACGCGAAGAAUACAUUCUGGAUCUGGGGCGGGCAUAGCCCAUUUGGAGCCCCGCUGGACGAGCCCACGUCCUGGAAGUUUGAAGCAGACGGUAAAGGAGGUGGGACUUGGUCAAAAGAGACGCCAGCGAACCCAACACUUUUCCAGGAAUUGCGACGAAAUGAAGGGGGCGCAUUCGCUAGUACUCCCGACGCCGGGUUCUGGUUUGGAGGACAAUCGUCGGGCUGGACGACAUCCAACCCUUAUUCGCAGCCACUCCCCGGUAUCUUGUCCUACAAUAUGACAACGAAGUCGUGGGCGAACGAGACGAAUGACGCCUUCUCCAAGUACGGCACUUUAACGGGAGGCUCAGCCGUCUACAUCCCGACUUUCGGUUCGAACGGUCUCAUCACCAUUUUGGGCGGCGCAACGUGGGGUCUCGAACCUGAUCAGGCAAAGCCCCUCGGAUGGCAGGAUUUCAGCAACUUGACCUUCAUGGAUCCAGUGACCAGGGAUUGGUACUGGCAAAAGACAACUGGAAACGCGCCCACUCCCCGCAGCAAUUUCUGCAGCGUUGGAGUCGAAGGCAACAACGGAACCUACGAGAUCUUUGUGUUCGGCGGUACCAACAGUGAGACAGGUUCAACUUAUGACGAUGUCUUUGUUCUAAGCCUCCCGGGGUUCUUUUGGAAUCAAGUCGCUUACGAGUCGGAAAAUCCGAGGAGGAAUCAUUGCUGCGCAGUAGUGGGCCGUCGUCAAAUGCUGUCAGUUGGAGGAGCGGAUGGUAAGACGGGAUAUACAAGUGCCGACCCCUGGCCGCAAGGACUCGGUCUCUUCGACAUGACGGACUGGAAGUGGAAGACGGAUUACGACGCAGACGCCAAAGACUACGAAAGCGCGAAGACAGUCAGUGACUGGUAUCAGCAAAUUGGUAUCAGUUCCGUCCAGUGGUCAUCCAACGACGUUCAGGCACUGUUUAGGAAGUUAAACACAAACACGACCGGAGAAACCAAUCAAGAUCCAGCAGAGAACAAAGAUACCAAGGGAUCUACCCCAAUAGCCGCCAUUGUCGGCGCUGUAGUUGGAGCCGUCGUUGGUGCCAUCAUCGGGCUUGCUCUGUUCUGCUUCGUCAAACGUCGGAAGCAGAAGCAAGCAGCCGAAGCAGCGACUGCACUUACUCCAUAUCCUGACCAUGCAAAGGGUGAUGGAGCAUACCAUGCUUACUAUCACCCUGUGGCUCCAGGGGAGUUGCAGUCGGAUGUACCACAAACUGAAUUAUAUGGUGGAUCAAUACCUAAGCAUGAGAUGUGGGCAGAAGUACCAAAGCAUGAGAUGAAUGCCUCUGGAGUUCAUCACUACACCGUUACUGAACUCGACUCCCACAACACUCUAUUGGGACAAGGAGAUAGAGAUCACUCCAAAUUCAGACGUGAUCUGCAAUAGGACACGCAAUUUCAAUAAACACGAAUUUUCAAACACCCGCUGCAGUUUAGAUGUCAGAAAAACGCAAGUAAUCUCGGCGUAGCAUCAAUGUUGCCUUCAGUGCAGUUGUGAUCCAAUCAAACAGGCUCACAACAAGUUCGACUGCACAAUUCGGGUACUAAUGCUCAAUCAGUCUCCGCUCGCCAGCAUAUCUGACCAAAAAUGGUAUGUUCAUGACCUGGGACAAGUGACGACUCGGCCCGGUUGUCUCCCACCGGCUUCGUGCGCCCAUUCGAGCGGCAGAUGAUCGCCACAUCACUCAGACUGCAAUGUCGCACAAACUCCGCUUAGAGACAUCAUCCGAACGCAUAUCGCGUAAAUCUAAU